UCCCGCCGGCGGACGAUGGGGACUGGCGCGGAGCCGGCCAAGGGGCUGCUGCCCUACCUGCAGCGCGCCGACGAGCUGCAGAAGCACGAGCCCCUCGUCGCAUACUACUGUCGGCUGUAUGCGAUGGAGAAGGGGCUGGUGAUCCCGCCCAAGGACCGCACCAAGAUGACCAACUCCAUCCUCGUCUCACUCAUCAACCAGCUCGAGAAGGAUAAGAAAUCUUUGACCUUGGGGCCUGAUGACCAUCUUCAUUUAGAGGGGUUUGCGUCGAGUGUCUUUGCAAAAGCAGAUAAACAGGAUCGUGCUGGACGCGCUGACAUAAACACUGCAAAAACCUUCUAUGCAGCCAGCAUCUUUUUUGAGAUUCUCAGUCAGUUUGGUGAGGUUCAACCUGAUCUUGAGCAGAAGCAGAAAUAUGCAAUCUGGAAAGCUGCUGAGAUAAGGAAAGCUCUCAAAGAAGGUCGCAAGCCUGAAGCUGGCCCUCCUGGUGGGGACAAAGAUGAAGCACCUGACAGCACCACUACAUAUGCCCAUGAUAUUGGGCGAAGCCAGUCUUUCGGCAGCAGCCAGAAUGGGAAUGGGGCACCAUCUCAACCUGUUGACAAGGAUUUCAGCAGAAGGGAUAGCUUUUCCCCUGUCCAGCCAGGAAAUGUACCUUCUCGACAAGGUACAGAGAAGUUCAAUGACCAUGUCUCUCCCCAAGCACAUUUCUCACCACCACCACCACCUCCAGCGUCCGAGUUCUCAUCUCCACAGUCCCAGUUCUCACCUCCACCACCUUCAUCUUAUUCCUCCCCUUCGUACCAAGGAGCAGAUUACCCUCCUCCUGAUGCACACACACCACACCCCAACUAUUCCUCGGCAUCGUACCCAACCACGGACUACCCAGCCAACGAAGUCCACAAACCACCAUCCAAUUAUUCCCCACCCCCAUACACAAGAACUGACCACCCUUCCGAUGACAAUUACAACCCCCAGAGCAACGACAAGCCAGACAUCUCAGCUUACCCCCACACAUACCAGCAGCCACCCUACACGGUCGAACCCCAGCACACCUCCCAGAACUACUAUGCCACAGAAACCCCGCCCGCUCCUUACAACUACCCAAACUUCCAGUCCUACCCGAGCUUCCACGAGACCACGCUGCCCUCCGUCACAACCCACCAGCCUCCGUUUCAUCCCGCAAAUGAUGGUGCGACUGCUCCAUCAUACUCUCCUUCCGCAUCAAAUCAUCCUGCACCGAUGCAGUACCAGCCCAGUGCUGAGGCUACGCAUCAUCAGGUCAGCCCUGCCGUUGCUGCUGCUGCACCGCCAGCUAGCCAGUAUAUGUAUGACAGCAGCUACCAGCCAGCGGUUGAGAAGAUUGCGGAGGCCCACAAGGCGGCGAGGUUUGCGGUUGGAGCUCUUGCAUUUGAUGAUGUGUCUAUUGCUGUGGAGCACCUGAAGCGUGCUCUGGAUCUCCUCACAAACCCUUCUGCUGAAACUCAUUAGCUGUCUGUUCCUCAAAGGAAACAUACUCUGUAAAUACACCAUAGUGUAAGUAUGAGCACAUGGAGGUGUUUGGCUGAUCGAGCAUACAUACAAGAUCGCUGGUUGUGGGGAUGAAAGGUUUUUUCCUAGUAUGCUAUAACUGGCUUCUUGUGCCACCUUGAAUUAUUUGUUGUUGGAGUAUUGUGAUAAGGCCAUAUUGGCCAUUGUUUCAAUCGCACAUCCUCGAGUGGUGAUGUGUUGUGAACUCUUUAUACAGGUUGCUUUUCAC